GUGAGUAUGAGGAAGUAUUUGGAAGUGUAUAUGGGGUUAGACAUUGACAUGAACAUAUUGUACUAAGCAAAUGGUUCAAGUAAUUGAAUAGUGGUAGUGUAAUGUUCCAAAGUUUUAUUAAGGGUACCACCAAAAUUAAUCUACACCAUAAAGAGAUUAGCAUGACAUGUUAUAAGGUCAUGGCUGACUAAUACAGACAACAAAGACAUUUAUAAAUCUCCUUAAAUUUUAGGAUCAACACUUACAGCUUGAAAGAGUUUCAAGAGAGAUUCGUCACGUGCCACAGAACAAAUACCCGAAUUGAACAAAUGUCCUUUGUAACGAGGAAAUAUACCAAGAAUGAAUACUAGAAGGAAUAUACAAUAGAGACUACCUUCUCCGCUCAAUGGUACGUAUGACAGUCCAUUCACAAGAUUAAGCUUGCAGAAAGCAUUAGAUUUGUUCUUUAUGCAUUAAAAGGAUGAAUAUUACAAUUAAAAUAGCAUACUUUGCUUGAAGUAACCUUCGAUUGCUCUGGUGAACAUGUUACAAUACCUUGAUGAACAUCUCGAAAUACAGUCUAAGGUUUUGACAAUAAGUAGCGACAGAGGGCAGUUGAUAACCUUUCCUAAAUGGGAAAUAUAAAAAAUGCAGCCAAAGUGCGAGUGCGUGCACACGACAGCCGCACAAACGGCCAACGGCUUACCCACUAGCAAUCAACCACACCACUUAUUGAGAUACGUGUACCAUAAAAAAACGAGGAGAUAUAAUAGAGUAAUAGACGAUGAGAAUACAGGAUGCUUCAAAACCACCUUUUCAACAAUUCCAAUGAGAAGGAUUAGAAAUCUUCUCUUCCUAAUCACUCACACAACACAUUCAAAUUUCUAUUACACUUCCCCUUCUACUUCCACUUCCACUUCCAAUUCCACUCUCAUUCUCAUUCUCUAUUCCGCCAUGAAUUGUUUGCCCACGGAAUUUGAAUUGUACAUUCCCCUUUCCCCCUUCCCCCCCUAUUCACUCACCUUUCCCCCACAGAAUAAAGCACAAGGCUCAUAUUCCAAUCUCAGAUGAAUCAUACAAACAAUCAAAUACAACCACAUAGACAGACAUACUUGAAAAGAAGCAAUAAAUCCCAACUAAAACCGUCCGGUUUCACUCCUUGCAUAUCUAAUAGAAAGCUCUGCUUGCUCUUCUUCAUUGUACUCCCGCCCGAAUUUGCAACCCGCAAGAGGAAUUCCGGACACCCCAAGAACCGGAAUUCAAUUUUUUUCUCGUAUUUAUCUCCUUUUUCUACAUAUACGUCCUGCAUGCGUGAAACCCAAAAUCUAAUUAAUUGACUCGUAUACAAAAAUCUAACCGAGGAAAAAAGGGUUGUUCAGCACGUGACACACAAUAGCAGGAAAUUUUUUUAAAACCUAAAUAUUAUCUAAUCUUUUAAAUAUCCCUUAAAAUCGAAAACCCAAACUUAAAUGAGGCCAUUCCCUAGUAUUUGGUAGUAGGAAAAUAUAUUGAAUAUAAUCAUCUGAUAACUGAUUUGAUCGUUGAAUGCAUGCAUCGUACUCUUUUUUUCAUUUUUUUUUAUGUUACCCUUAAUUGGUGAACCCAUCAAUAAAUUUUGGGCAUGUCACGUGACACCCACCCACGAGUUUUACUAUAUGCCAAGCAAAGAUUGCCAACAAAAGAAAAGAAAGGAAAAGAUAAUAAAAUAAAAAGUAAUAAAUUCCAAUCCGGGGAAUUAUCCUUAGAUCCGGGCCUCGAAUGAGAACAACCGGUAGCAUAAAGAAGAGGGUUACUCAAUAGGUGACCAUAGUAUAUAGCCUGUCAUUAACGUGACAUAAUCAGUUAUAAAAGCUGAGAUAUAUCUACCAUUGAGAGCUCCAAUUGCCUCUGUAUAAAACCAC